AUGCCGAAACGUACUCUGGAAGAUACGGAAUUGAAUUCUGGAGAUAAUGAUGUCAAGAUUUCCUCCAAGAAAAGUCGCAAAGGAAAGCAAGAAAAGAAAACUAAAGAUGUCGAACAGCCAGCUACAGAAUCGACCCUGAUCGAGGUUGAAGUAGAAUCAAAGGAGGCUCGCAAAGAAAGAAAACGAAUCAAGAAGGCGAAGAUCGCUCAAGAAGCAGAGGAGCAAUUGGAUGAAGGCGAUGCUAUUGAACCUGCAUCUGAUGCCAAUGCCGCCGCAGAAGCGAAGGUGGCUAAAAAGGCCGAAAAGGCGCGUUUGAAGGCAUUGAAGAUGGAAGGGAAACAAGAGAAAGCAGACAUUUCCAAAUCUACUGAAUCUGCAGCUCCUAUAAGUGUUGUUCCGCAGCAAAAUGGAACCACCUACACAGAAGAUCCCAAUCUAAGUGGCUUACCACAAAGCGAAAUAGACUCCUUCUUGACCACAAACUUCAUCACCAUCACCGACCCAUUGUCCACCUCAGCUACUUUAAGACCGCUGACAAAGUUCGACUACCUACCGAUCACCGACCCUGCCCAACGGGCCCCAUUCAAGGACUUCAAAACCCCCACCCCAAUUCAAGCCGCAGCAUGGCCAUUCUUGCUCGCUGGUCGCGAUGUAAUCGGUGUUGCUGAGACUGGUUCGGGUAAAACGAUGGCUUUCGCCGUGCCUUGUGUACGUUACAUGUCAUCUUUACCUAAAAACCAGAGAAAUAAAGGUCCCAGAGCUGUUGUUGUAUCACCGACCCGAGAACUGGCGAUGCAAAGUUAUGAACAGAUCGUGAAACUUGCUAAGGCAUCUGGUCUUGAGUGCGUGUGCGUAUAUGGAGGUGUCCCCAAGGACGAACAGAUAAGGGCACUGAGAAUUGCAGAUAUCGUUGUCGCCACCCCCGGUCGUCUCAAUGAUCUCAUCAAUCAAGGUUGUGCAGAUUUGAGCAAGGCCAGAUACGUCGUCCUUGAUGAAGCAGAUCGCAUGCUGGAUAAAGGUUUUGAGGAAGAGAUUAGAAAGAUUAUCAAUACUACACCAUCGCUUGGGAAAAGACAGACACUCAUGUUCACGGCUACUUGGCCUGAGUCGGUCCGCGAGUUGGCUGCCACCUUCAUGACUAGCCCUGUUAAAAUCGCCAUUGGCGAUAAUCCGACGGGAGAUCUUCGAGCAAACUCUCGUAUCGUGCAAAAGGUUGAGGUUGUGGAUCCAAGAGACAAGGAAUACAGACUCAUGCAAUUACUCAAGCAAUAUCAAAGUGGUAGUCAGAAGGAUGACCGGAUCCUGGUCUUUUGUUUGUACAAGAAGGAAGCAACAAGAGUAGAAGGCUUCAUUCGACAGAAGGGGUUUCGAGUUGCUGGUAUUCAUGGCGAUUUAAGUCAGGAACAAAGGACAAGAAGUUUGGAAGCUUUCAAGAGUGGCAAUACUCCAAUUCUCGUAGCCACAGAUGUCGCAGCUCGAGGUCUAGACAUUCCUGCCGUUAUGCUAGUCAUCAACUGCACAUUCCCUCUUACGGUAGAAGAUUAUGUGCACCGCAUCGGUCGAACUGGAAGAGCUGGCAAAGAUGGAUUGGCGAUUACAUUGUUCACUGAGCAUGACAAGGCUCAGUCUGGCGCUUUGAUCAACGUCCUCAAGGCAGCUAAUCAACCAGUUCCUGAUGAAUUGUUGAAGUUUGGGACCACGGUUAAGAAGAAGGCUCACGACGCGUACGGCGCAUUUUUCAAGAAUGUUGAUACCACCAAAAAAGCAACGAAAAUAACAUUCGAUUGA